AUGACAACGGCUGAAAAUGUGCCCAAGCUGUCUCAGCCUGGGAUCCUGAGCCGACUAAAUCCAUCAACAUGGUGGUCCAAGUUGGAGCUGGACUCCCGGACUAUGCUCAUGAUGUUGAAAGGCGCCUUGGCACCAACUAUCACCAUCGCCAUUUACCAAAGUGAUGCGAUAUCCAACAUCACCACGACAAUUGGCUACCUCUCCGCCUUGAUAUCAGUUCUGUCGCAGGCGCUCAUGCCUCGUGCCAAAUUCAUCAAAAUCAUGUUCUUCGACUUGAUAUCAUUAUAG